AUGGUGUCAGAAUGUCCUCUCGUUGAUGAAUACACCAUUGGUUGUAUCUGCGCCCUGCAAGAAGAAUACGACGCUGCUUUCCGGAUGCUGGACGAGGAAUUCGAAAAUCCAGGUACCAGCCAGCUGCGUGAUCCCAACACCUAUGGUUUCGGUCGCAUUGGUGAACAUCUUGUAGCUGUGGCGUGCUUGUUCCCCUCUGGUCAUUACGGGACCUACGUGUAUGCCCAGGCUGCUCGAGACAUGGAUCGCACGUUUCCCAAUCUUCGGUUUAUCUUGUCCGUCGGUAUCGGUGGUGGAGCUCCAACUUCUGCGAGAGACAUUCGGCUAGGAGACGUGGUGGUCAGCGUGCCCAACAAUGGACACUGUGGCCUGGUGUCUUACGGAAUAUUUUCUUCGGAGAAAGAUCCGUCAACUCAGCUUGAGACGGAUGAAGGCCAGUAUGCUCACCCGCAAGAGCUCCUCGCAACAAUUCCGGAACUACAGCGCCUUCAGGACGACCCGUUGGAGCCAGAUACCAUAGCAGAGCAUAUACGACGGAUGAACAAUAUGCCUGGAUUCCAGCGACCUAAUACAGACCGGUUGUACCGUGUCGAUUACGGACACCGUGGUGGAAGAAGCUGCGAAUUUUGCAGCGAUGACGGGCUGGUGAAACGCAGUAAGCGCUUAGGUUCACGUGAGAUUUUUAUCCAUUACGGAACAAUAGCCUCGGGAAAUACUGUUGUCAAAGACCCAUUCCUGAGGGACAAGUGGGCAAAUACCUCUAAGUUGAACGUUCUGUGCUUUGAGAUGGAAGCCUCGGGGAUGAUGCCGACCUUUCCUAGUCUCGCAAUCCGUGGUAUUUGCGACUACUCAGAUGAUCAUAAGAACGACGACUGGCACAACUAUGCUGCAUUAACGGCUGCGGCAUAUACAAGGGCAUUGCUUCUCCUUUUGAAGCCCAAGGUGAUUGGUGCUGUGCCAUCACGGAGACUUAUCCUAGAUCUGCACGACUACAUGCAUGACGUGUGAGGUGAAUUAGGUAGGAGUUUUGGGUAUCAGCUUACACCAUGCUUGAAUCAUCUGAAUAAAGUUCGUCGUUCCUUGCUCUCAACCAUGACUUUCCCUUGCUCCUUAAACAGGUACAGGCAACUGGCCAGACAGACUGCGGAUUGCCAGCCAGAAACCCGCACAUGGCCGCCGGCAACAAGUCCGUCGACCAUACUUCGGCUAGAUCUGUCACAUGGUACAGUGACAUCAAGGGCUCUCAUUGGCUAGGGCUGUGAGCUUGUAUAUGGUGCUAAGGUUGUGGAUCAUAAACACCGAUCUCAAGCUGUCCGGGAAUUGAAGCCGACGGGACUGUCCUGCCAAGUUCCAGUGAGGCUGGGAAACAGCAACAAGAUUCUAACAAAUACCGCCGGUCGAAGCCAGUCCCUGGCAGGGCGUUAUCAAACCGGCCGAUCGAGCACAUUGAACCAGUGUUUACUCCGUAGUGCACCGUGCCAAACUGCGCGAUUUAAUUAAACCUUGC